GUGGCUUACGACACUCAGUGAACAGAAGGUGCUUCUGCAUGCACUGUCAGUAUACUGGUCUGCUGCAAGGGAUUGCUCUCUCCUUCACUUCCCACAUUUACCACCCCUGCCUGCCGGACCAGCACCAGCCUCCAGCAGCCUCUUCCAACUGGCUGACAAAAUAUUCGGAGAGUAAGGGAGUGAACAAAACCUGCGAACCACAAGGGAUGCAAGUUACCUAUAAACCUAUACCAGCCACUGGGAUGACAAGGAAUACUGUUAUACAAGAAAACUGAGAAGAAGAUUCAGCUCUGUAAUUUUUUUUUUUUUUCACGCUUUUGUCACAGGAGACACGAUUAACAGCUUAAAUGGAUUUAAACCUUAAACGUCAGUGAUUUCUUGCUGAGACUAACAGCAGUACAUUUUGACAGAUGUGCUGAAACUUAAUCAGAGAAGAGGAGAAAAGACUGACAUUAAGAAAUUAUUCUUCGUCUGUUUUUCUUGUUGCUUUGGCUGUCUCUUAUUCCCUCUCAUUCUUGCUGCACAAGACUGCAGAGGAGCAACAGAGACAGAGCUCAUGCAUGCAGACAGGGGAACUUGCACUUCCUACCAUCUCGCUGAAAGCUACUUGGAUUCUUCCUCUUUCAGGCUCUUUCACUUGAAGAGAACUAAGACAUUGUAAGCCUGCCAAGGAUCUGGUGUCCACUGAAAAGAGAAAAGGCGGGAGGGGGAGAAUGUGUGCCACAGUGGGGUCUUUUUCAGAUUCGUACAUAAUUAGUGUUGGGGCACAAAGCAAGAUGCUGAAUGGAGAUUGUCAGCUUUUGUAUAGGGGUGAGUAAGAAUCUUUUUGAAUAAGAGCGACUGGAAAGGACAGUUUCAUUUUUCAUCGACCCUCCACCCACUGCCGAAUAUCUCUCAUAGGCAAAGAGAGUUGCUCUUUAUUCUUCACAUUUUGGACAAACAACCUCUCCUUGGACUGAAUAAUAUAUAUAUAUAUAUAUAUAUAUAUAUAUAUAUAUAUAUAUAUAUAUAUAUCGUCUCUGCAAAUAAAAUAAAAAAAACAAAAGAAAUAAAUUGUUUAAUUACAUAAAAGGUAAAAAAAAAAAAUGAUCUGAGAGGUGCAAAUACAAUAGUCCAGAGUGGUUCAAUGGACAUUUUCUCCCUGACAUUCCUGGAUAUUUAUGCUAAUGGAUUUCCUCCUAAUUGGACUGUACUUAAAGUGGCCACUGAAGAAGCCCCCCGGGUUAAUACUGUGCUCAUUGGGUAUUUUUCUGAGAACUGUUCCCUUGGCAGAGGCGGUUUGUCCAAGGCUGUGCCGCUGCGACAGCAAGCUGCUGUACUGCGAGGGGCUCAACCUCACAGACAUCCCCCACAACCUGAGCAGUGCCAUGGGCCUGUCCAUGAGAGAGAACAAUUUGACCGAGCUGCGUGAAGGCCAACUAGCUGGUCUGUCACAGCUAACCUGGCUCUAUCUAGAUCAUAACAACAUUGACAUUGUAGAGGAGGGUGCGUUUGAGAGGUUGCGACGGGUCAAGGAGUUGGACCUGAGCAGCAAUCGGAUUGAGAGUCUGCCAAAUGGUACCUUUAGGCCCCUCCCAAACCUACGCAUUUUGGAUCUCUCAUACAACAGGCUGCAGGCACUCGAGCCCGACCUGUUCCAUGGCCUUAGAAAGCUCACCAAUUUGCAUUUGCGCUACAACACUCUCAAAUAUGUGCCAGUGCGUAUUUUUCAAGACUGCAGGAGCAUGCAGUUUCUGGACUUGGGAUACAACCAACUACAGAGCCUGGCAAGGAAUUCCUUUGCUGGCCUUUUCAAGUUGACUGAGUUACAUCUUGAGCACAAUGAGCUGGUCAAAGUAAACCUAGCCCAUUUUCCUCGUCUCAUCUCUUUACGCACCCUCUACAUGCACAACAAUCAUGCCACAAUUGUUGUCAACACCCUGGAGUGGACCUGGCAUUUUCUAGAGAAGAUUGACCUGUCAGCCAAUGAAAUUGAGUACAUUGAGCCACAUGUUUUUGAGAGUACUCCCAACCUCAAGAUGUUGAUGCUUGACUCAAAUCGCUUGGCUUCUUUGGACCAACGCAUACUGGAUUCGUGGUCAUCCCUGGACAGCAUUACACUGGCAGGCAAUGACUGGGAGUGCAGCCGCAACGUGUGUGCCUUGGCCUCUUGGCUGAGUGCCUUCAGAGGCCAGCGUGACAGUUCCCUGCUGUGUUCAAGCCCCGACACCGCACAGGGUGAGGAUGUGUUGGAUGCAGUCUAUGCUUUUCAGCUGUGUGAAGAUUUGCCGGCAGAGGUAACCACAGCAGGCCUGUAUGCCUCAACAAGGGAUCUGGCCAAGGGCAGCUCUGUGUUUGGGGGCCCUUUUACCCCAAAUCCUUAUGAGGGUGAGGGUAGCGAGGUGGUCACAAGUUCUUAUACUGUCACAGUGGGCCACGAUGACCUGGAAAGCACCAUGCAGAUCCACAAAGUAGUGACUGGUACCAUGGCACUCAUCUUCUCCUUUCUCAUUAUAGUUCUCAUGCUGUAUGUGGCAUGGAAGUGCUUUCCAGCUGGAAUAAGGCAACUGAGGCAGUGCUUCAGCAGUCAGCGCCGUAAGCAGAAGCAAAAGCAAAGCAUGCAGCAGAUGGCUGCUAUUUCUACGCCGGAGUACUAUGUUGACUAUAAACCUAAUCACAUUGAGGGAGCUUUGGUAAUCAUUAAUGAAUACGGCUCUUGCACUUGCCAACAACAACCUUCACGAGAAUGUGAGGUGUAACUGUGCUUUUUGACUACGUCUUUACCUAUGAUUAUAUGGAUAUACAGUAAAUCCCUUUUUGGAUACUAAAGAAAUGGAGAUGCUGUAGAACAAAAGGGAAUUAUUUUAUCUUUUGGACACUUUUUACACAGCUUUUCACUGUGAUGGGGAGGGAGUGUGCUUUACGUGGCUGACUAUGGUGGAUUUAUUGCUACUGCUUUCCACUGUUGAUCUGAAAUCAAAAGGCAUAAUGGGCACCUGACAAUGGGACCUGUUGAUGCUCUGACAUAAAACAGAAAGGAAUAUGUUUUGGGUACUGGGGGCUUUUCUCUCAUGGAAGGAUAUUUGAGCUUUAAUGUGUCUUUCUAUUUCAGAACAUUUAAUUAUUGUUUAAAGAUAAACUGGGGACAAACAAGAAGAGAAAAAAUAAGAAAAAGAAAAACAGCAAACCAUUUCUAUUAUGGUACAUACAAUAUUUGAGGAGCAUUUAAAAUAUUAAAGACCUGUUUAAUUAAAAAUGUAAAAAUAAAAGUCUGUGUAAAAUAUGCUAAAAGAAGUGCAAGUGUGGACAAAAAUGAAAAAAAAAAAAGAUAAUCUAUUUCUUUUGUAAAGUACAAAAAAUGUUUAAAUAAAUGAAUCACUAUUCACAGUAAACUCAUUUGUAUGUGAGAAGCCUGUCACAGAGGAAGAACCACAAUAGAUGCAGUCUUUUUGCUCCUGGACUAGAGAGCCAUGAUUCUACAGUGUAUUAAACCAAAAAAGGAAAGAAAUGAUGAAAUACUGGAAAAAAAUUAAAACUGAAAGAGGUAAACAGAUAUCUGCAUCUCAUCCCCAACUCAAACUGCUUCAGGCACAUUUGUUGGUUUGCCAUUCAUUGUGUUGACUUGUUAUCAGCGUAGUUUCUUUCUCAAUCCCUCACUGUGAACAGAUUCAAAAUAAUCUAUUUCAUUUGUGUAAGCAUGCUUUAAUUUCAUAACAUCACUAUGUGUGUUGCAUUGAAGUAAAGAAAGCAGAAAGAUCAUACUUUACAGCUUUCAUCACUCUUUGGCUGUCAUAGAACAGAGUUGCCUCAAUUGGCAGAUUUAAACACACAAAUUCAUCAAUCAUUUAAAUUAUGCACAUGUAGUUAAAAUGUAAUUCAAGUAGUGUCAGAACACCUGAGGAGAUUAUCCACCAGCUUCGAGCAAUAUUUGCACCUGCGGCGUUUACCACUGUGUUUUCAUGUGAUAUAAAAUGUUUGUUGAAUACAAGGCCAUGCAAAGGUGUGUAUGUGUGUGUAAAUCCUUCCUCUGGUCUUCACUGUGUAAAUUAGAGCACUAAGAUGUGGCAUUUCCUGGCUCCUGUGAUAUGAACAGUGUGCUGCGUAAAAUUGGGGGGUGGGAGAUUGGUCCAUCCUAACCACGGCAGAAAGAGGUAACAGACUGCUCUCUAGUGUGCAUAUUCUCAUACUGUGGCUGCUCUUACAUUCCGUUCGCCAUGUUCUGCAGACUCCUACGGCAGGGGCAGCUUAGAUAUACCGAAUUUGAAAAUGCUUUUCUGUGAAAACGAUAAUUUUGCAUCAGUCUGUGUUAUUUUGAGAUAUAUAUAUAUAUAUAUAUAUAUAUAUAUAUAUAUAUAUAUAUAUAUAUAUAAAUAAAAAGAUGUUUACGAUUUGUAAGUCAGCAGGAAUAAAAGUGUUUUAAGAGAUCACUGACAAUCAUUACAUGCUCAAUUUCAAAAAGAGUGUUUUCUUUAACUCUUCCAAGCUCCCGAAGAAAACUCUAAGCACAGAUGGUAAUAUUGUACUGUUCAAGAAUAUCCAUUGAAAGGACACCAAAAAGGGUCACGUUAGGAUGAGGAAUGGUUUAGUUUGGUUUAAACUGAUGGAACAUCUUAGAGGUGAUACAAAGACUGGAGGUGAGAGCAGCCUAAUGAGGAGUGAUGAGGAUUGAAGGUCCUGCAGGCAAUUAUGUGUCUAAAUGUAGGGAGAAAAGAAUUUAGCUGUAAUAUAGGAUAAUUUUAAAUAGAAAUUAAUACUACUCAUUCUGAAAUAACAAAACACAUUUGCAAUUGGGAAACAUCUUGAUGUUUAUUUGUCAAAAUAAUACCUGAUUUUUUAACGUAACAAAACUCUUUCACUUAAGCAUAAGUCAUAAACGUGUGUUUGUUGAAAAAAAUACAAUUAAAAGUUCAAAAAGGGUUAUGUUCUGGUGAAAGAGGGUUUAGUCUGGUUUUAACUUGGAAAAUGUUAGAGGUGGUACAAAGCCUGGAGGUAAGCUUAGUCUGAGGUGAAAAGCAAUGAGAAUUUUAUUGUCUCAAGAAAAUGCGUUUGACAGAAAAGAAGAAUUUGGCAGCAAUUUAGGAUUACUUUAUCUUUAAUUUGGAAUCACUCAUUAUGACAUAGAAAAUAUGUGGGUGAAAAUGUAUGCAAUUUUUAAAAUACCCUUUUAACAAAACUCUCGGAAAAUUGAGUUCCAGAGAGAAUUUUAGUUUUGCAAAUUUUUGUUUAAUAAAAAUUCUAAGUAAAAUAGAUGGAUUAAAUGACAAACUUGUGACAAUAUUUUGUGAAAAGAUUACAGAAAUGUAAUGUAAAUGUCUUUAAAUUUCAUUUUCAUUUUGCUAUGGGGCAAAAAUUUUGCUAGACACAUACCAAAUUACAUUUUCUCCCUUAUUAUGUGAUAUUCAAUCAAAAUACUAGAACAUAUUAAUUGAAAAUAUAACCUAGGAAUUUAUUUUUUGGCACUAGACUAGAAAUAGAUUCUGUUCACUCUGGUUCUCUCAGCAUUUAUCUGAACACACAGAGCCCUAGCAAAGCAAGCUGCAUUAAUAAUUACAACAGUUAUUAAAAAAUGAAAUCAUAGAGGUUGGUUUUACUUGUCAAACAUGAAAUACAGUGUCCACCAAGUCAUGUGGUAAUGUUUUGAGCAAGUUAAAAGUUGAAGCUCCUGUGAACACAUUUAUCGUCAAUACGGGGUGUUAAUGUAGCUAAACCACCUUCCUUUGCAGUUUUUUGCCUUGAGUCAUGUUUUUAGAGGAUAAUGGCUCAAAGUUGCCAUGUGGGGAUUUAUGAUCCAUUUCAUAUUCAUGGUGGCAAAGGUGUUCCACUUUAAGACUCAACAUGGCAGUUAAUCAUAGCCUGUCAGAUCAUAUGAAUGCAAAUGACUGCUGUAGCCAUCAUGGCGGGGGCAGAGAUUUAUUUCAUCCUCUUCACCCUCGCAUCCUGUCAAGAAUUUCAACCCGUUCAAGUCCAUUGCGGACCCUUGAACAUGCAACUUCAGGGUAAAUUUGAGGCUGAGGCCUCAUUUAUAUAAAUAUUAGAUGAUGCCCGACAUUGAGGGCCAGUACUGCUAUUGAUUUCAUUUCACUCUUUUCUUAAACAAGCAAGCAGGAUGAAAGGUGAUCGAGAAUGGCUUUGAAUAUUUAAAAAGCUUUGAGUCUUUGGGGCCGACAUUAAACUACUUUGGAAUUCUUACUAUCUCGGCUCACCUUUACCUACAUUCUCUUGUCUCUUUUCACUCUCUGUGUGUUCAUAAGGUGCGGCAAAUAAGAAGAAAAGCAUCAAUUCAUCUAACUGACAACAGAUCAAAUCUCUGCUUGACCCGAGCUUGAGGUGAUGACUCCCUGAAGGGAAAUAGGUGCUCUCAGACACCAUCCAUUAUAAAUAUCUUGAUUGAUGAUCCUCAGUAAAAAUCAAUACAGAUGAGUUAUAACCAAAAUGAUUACUGUGGCAACAAUGUACUCAACCUCCCUUUAUAUUUUCACAAUUAAACUGAAAAUUACCAAUACAACAUUUUAUUGUAUGAAAACCCACCAGUGAUUUGGGAAAUAAUAAUUAUUUCACAAGGCAAUUUGGUGACAUAUGUACUAAUCUGGUUGCUGUUGAUUAAAAACAAAUGUGAUAUGGUGUCCUGUUGCUUAAAGAUAGUUUGGCAGAAGAGCAGAACAUGUCAGAAUUGCAGCCAAAGGGUAUUCAGGGGCUCUGUGCAGAGUGCCAAUGGUAAUAGAUGUGAAGCUAUUAUUUUGUAUGCAGAAAUUAAGAUUUCAAAUGCACAAAUGGAGACAUGGUUGUGCAUGCAUGUUUAUGAUUGCCAACAAUAUAUUUCCAAUCAUAUAAAGUCUGGGAUUAUGUGUGAAGUCUGUCAAUAACUUGACCUUUAAUGCCAAUAAAGGUUGAGUUAUUUCAAAAUUGAAAUGGUAAUAUUCUGAAGUGGUGUGGUUUGCACAAAGAGUAGAGAUGCACCAAUCAAAGCUUUGUCAUCUAAGCUACUUUCAAUGGAUUUCAAUUUCUCUCUAAAUGUAUAGAUAAUAGCAUUCAAAAUUACUUUCUAACCUUUCAGCCAUUAACAGACACUAACUAGGCCAAUUCGAAACUAAAUGAUGACAGAGCUGACAUUACUGGAUUUUACAUCUUAUAUUAGCGAUUAGAAUUGUAGAAAUCCUUCUCUGUCUCCUUAUAAGUGAUUUCAGACCAUUAUGUUAACUCUGAGAUUUCUAAUAUGUUACCAACUCUUCCAUGUUCAUGUUUCAUGACAGAAAGAUGUUGAAAGUUUAAAAAGAUAAAACAAGCAACAUUGCAGUACUUGCUUUGGCCUUCCUGUUAUCUCUCUUUCUCUCUCACAGCCUAGAAGAUCCACAGCAAGGUCUCUUUACUUUUAUAUAGCAUUCAGCACAAUUGGAAAUAAGAUAGGAAUAUGAACACUCUUCUGGUACAGGAAAUAGCUAAUUUUGAACAGUCUUCCUGCACUAACAACUUCCAUAUUAAAGAGGGGUGUUGUUAGUCCUUGCCUGGUAGUAUGUAGGUAUAUUAUAUAUAUAGUUAUGUAAUGAUCAGAAAAAGAUUAGACUUUUUGCCUUUCCUACUGGCCUGUUAAUGUGAUAAGCACACAGUUCCAGUCAGCAGGUGAUUACCUAUGGCAUUACUAGCAAAAAGAGGUCUUGUGUAUGUACUGUGAUGGUAUAAGUGAAUGUUUGAGCAGCACUAUCAAACAGAACCUGCAGACUCAAACUGUAUGGAGAGUUGCCAACUGUAUUAUCUAUAAACACGUUAGCCAUCAGCAAGCGCAGCACUAAGAACUGUCAGAGUCUUGUGCCUUGUUGAGAAUAGAACAAACUAGGUUUUGAAUUACAAAAACAAAAGCACAAUGUAGAGUACACAACAGGUGAUGCUUGCAGUUUUAUGUCAGAUUGUCAGCACUAUGUCCCUAAACAGCGAUGUCAGUGACAAAAUGUCAAUCUGCACAUUUUCAGGAAACCACUUAUAUUUCGACUUACAGAAAGCAAGCCCUUAGAGAUGCAAGCAGAUCCUUAAAAAAUAAAUUAACCCAGCUUCCUGUGAGAGGUAUUGAUCAGGCAACAUUCUGCCUUCUCAUUGCGACUGGGACCGUUGCGGCAUAAUAAACACUUAACACCCCCUCAUAACUGGAUGGAGAGCUAAAUCAUGGGUGGCAGCAUGUACUGCAGUGGGCUGUAAAGGAGCUGAUGAUGACUAACGGCAGUGUGGGGGUGGCUUUCCUCAGCUUCUUUUUUAACAGGUGGUGUUAGAAGGAUCAAUAUCUUAAUCAUUAUCAACAUUCUCUUUAAAAUCCAAACCCUCCGACAUGCUCUUUCUUUUAUUGUAAAUCUACUUUCCUCCUUUGUGUUUUCCCAAAUCCUGAUUAUUAACAAUGUCACGUCAUCAACUAACACAUUCCCGGUGUUCAUAUAACCUACAUACAAGCUGGUGAUUAAUUAAAACAGGGCAUACACAGGGACUUUUACAUUUGGGUGCAGACAUGAGGCUUAGAUGUGGAACACACAGACAAAAUAACAACUUAACAGAAAAAAAUGACAACAGUCCUGUAGGGCUGUGUAAUUAUAUUCAUUACAUAGACUAACUCUCUAGGCACCCUAUAGGUCUCGCUUCCCACUGCUUCAUUUACAUUCACCACGCAGAUCGAACACUGAAUUAAUAACAAUGACUCAGGAGUCAUUAUUCUAACACACAUAUAGUACUGUAGGAAGAGAAAGUAGUUGCUGCUAAAUAUGAAACUUGAUAGGAAAAAGAGGUUAAAGUUAGCUGUUGAAUAUUCAUUGCACUUACACAGACAAUGGCCAAGAAACAUGCUGCUAUCAUUAUCUUUAUGAUUAUUGCUUUUUAUUUAGUAGGAACUCAAACGCUUUGUCUGGAUUAGCUUCUGCUAAUGAGCUGCUUUUAACAUUAAUGUCGGGGUCAGUGGGUGAGAUAAUACACGGGAUAACAACAGCUGGGGCUGCAUCUGGGGCUUCAUGUAACCUGUAUAAGACCAGAUGUGGGUCAGUGCCUUAUAUUCAGAGCAUUAGCGGGGAUGAACGACAAAGCUUUAUCUCCGACAGGACACAGGAUCUUCCACUCAUUUAUUAUUGUUAUUCAUACCUUUGGUGAACAACGCCAGCAAAGCUGAUUGGAUAUUGAACAAAUCCAAGACAAUAAAGGCUAAACAUAUUAACACCUCAUACACAUGAACUGAUGCAGGUUCUUAAUCCAUUGUUUCAGAUGUUUUAGACGGCAGAGGUUCUAAAAAAAGUGUUUCUGCAGCAUAUGUGUGACACACAAGAUACUUGCAUCAUAAGUGCUCUGAUAAUGAUGUGCACAUAAAGAUGUAAUCAGCUACAUACAUAUGUGUAAAUGUACAAAAGGAUCUUGUAAUGAAAAUAUUUUAGAUACAAAUUUAUCUAAUAUAGAAAUCUUACAGUAAAAAUGGCUAAUAGGGAAAUUAUUUUGGCAGAGCUUGAUAGUCAAAUGGGAUGGUUGGGCCAAAAAAAAUUAAGUAGCUCAGUGUUUUCCAAAUAGUAUCAAUGCUGAUUAAAUUAUAUUAUGUUGAAAACACACACAGCCAUGAGGAAGUAACAUGAAACAGCCAAAAUAAAUCAUACCAUUUUAAUACGGUGCUUUACUAAUACGAGUGCCACAUGAUUUCAGAAGACCCGGGCUUGUAUGGGAUUUUUGUAAUGUGAGGAACAAUAAUUUAAUUUUCUUUUUUUUUUUUCUCACAGGAAUGUUUAGCAACUUACUCUAUAAACAAGUGUAUGUCAAUAACUUAAAAAGUCUUCCAACAAAUAAUUUAUAUCAGUAAUUCAGACCAAAAAGUGAAACUCAUGCAUGUACAGAGUCAUUGCACAUAAAGAGAUCUGUUUCUCCACAAGAAACUCUUGGGCUUUGCUUUCCUACUAAAUGAUGUGGUUAUCUUUGAUGUUUGUGCCCUUCUUCUACCACACUUUUACACAUUUUUCUUCCACUCAAUUUCCCAUUAGUAUAGUUGAAUACAGCUUUCUGUGGACAGCCAGCUUCCUGAGCAAUGGCCCGUAUGUGGAUUACCCUUCUUUUGGAGGGUGUGCUGGACAACUGUCAAGUCAACAGUCUUCACCAUGAAUGAGUAGACUAUGACAACAUUUCUGGUCAUAUGUAAUAUUCUAAUAUUCUGAAAAACUGAGUUUUCACUAGCUCUAAACCAUAUUCAUUACAAUUAACGGAAAUAAACACUAAUCACAUAGUGUGUAAUUAACCUUUAUAUGAGUCUAAUGUUUCGAACUGAAUUACUGAAAAAAGUUAACUCCAUUGGGUGAGAGUUGGGGUACAUCACAGAGCAACACAGGACACAAAACUAUGCACACGCAUCCAUAAGGGCAAUUUAAACUGACCAAUUAACCGAACAAAUUUACUUUUGAUGAUAUCCUUAUUUAUUGAGAGGCACCUGUACUUGUAUCCAUGGCUGUUUAGCCUGAAAGACAAAGUCUUUGGAACUGCAAAGUGAUAUGGCAAACGUUUGAUAACAUUCCACAAGAUCCUCAGCGUUAGGGUUCAAAUAAGACUUUUUAAUGGGGCCAAAGCUGAAACUGUCUUGGCACUUAAUGUGAAACCUGUAACCUGUAUUAUUUUAUGAAAUAAAAAGUGACAAAACUUAUUUUCAUUAUAAAAAACAAGGACUUACUUACAGGACUCCUGACAUAAACACGUUUUUUAAACAAAUCUAAUGUUAGAUUUGCAAAGCUAGACAAUAAAAUCAUAAUGUUCACAGAGCAAAAUCAAUCUAAACAUUUACACAGGCAAACAAAACCUAAUUUGGGUCUUUAUGGAGGCUCGUAAAGGUCUAGAGCACUAAACGUUAGACUCAUUCUGGUUUCUUACUAUCUGUUUGGGAGACUUUAACACCUAAAGACUAUGGUUUAGUUAGUCCAGGGAAAUCUCAGAUAUCAACAUGAUUGUGUGAGCACUCAGUACGGCUGAAGCAACAUUGGGUGAAGACAUAGUAAUUAUGUCACACAUUAGGGAAGUGUGACUUUAUUAACUUGUUAAGUUCCCCUUAUAUUUGACACAAUAUUUAAGUUAAAGACUUUUUUCUUUCCUUUUGUUCUUAGGUGUACUUUUAACUGUGUAUUAAUUUUGGCACUGGGUGGCUUAGAGGUUAUAAAAGGAAAUGAAAUAUGAAAUCACAAAAUAAAAAAAAUAAAAAUAAAGUCAUGAACAACCCCUUCUGCUCUCACUGUGUGCCUUUUAAACAAGGCAUCUUUUUCCCAUCUUGUAUGACUGCCAGUCUAGCAGAUAUCAAAGUUAUGCACCAAAAUAGCCACAGAAACAACAGCGUUAUAAUGCAUAAUUCAUAUUUAGAUCAUCCAGAGCAAACUUCAGAUACAAUUUCAAAGGUUGUUGUGACCACUGUGGCUUCCUUUGGAAUUCAAAGUUAACACAGGUUAAGGGAAGUAAAAAUAGGCAACAUUUAUCAUUUCCUGUUUAUCUGAUCUGUGUCAAAAUGAAUAAAAGCUAUUCUAGCUGCUCUCCUUGCUCCCUCUUUCUUCCCUAUCUUUGAGGCCAGAUUGGCAUCUCUCCAGUAGCCUAUGAGAUUGGCUGCAUAAAUGGAAUUGCCCCAUUCGCCAAGUGUCAGCUGAGGAAAAAAAAAGGGGAGAAAUGUGCACACUGUAUACAAAACCGCAGGGUUGAAAUGCACCCAAGGUGCAACAAGUACUUAAGAUGCAAUUCCAGAAAGCAUUGUUACUGGGACAGCCAAUGCACAGAAGCUAAUCCUUCCCAGAGGCUUUGCCAAAAACAUAAGAGAUAGACUUACCUGUAAUAAUGCAUGCAAAUCAGAGGUCCAAUGGAUCCAACAAGAAUGCCAAACAGAGACACAGUGAAAGAAAAAGAAAAAAAGACAGCUUGUUAAUCCAAACCCGUUAUUUAAAACAUUUAACAGCAUUACUGGUCUGUUAACAAAUCCUUAUAUUGACAAAUAAAACCAUUUUUUAAGAAACCAGUUUACAGGGAUUAAUGGGCAAUGCAUGGAGCAAUAUGUUGCAGUGAGACACAAAGGACAAACGAGUGUUUGCAGAAAGCACACCAGAGAGGCAUGAUAUCCACAAUUAUACUAUGUCAUAACUGUGACAGCUAUUGUAUUCAGCUGCAAAAAAUAAGACUAGAAAGAUGACAGUUUAUGGCGAAACUGAGCUAACAAACAGCUAUUAGUCAGUAGUAAAAAUUGCAUCCUGCUCUGCCACACAAGCAAUAAAAAAAAGUUUGUAACACUCCCAUGAUUGAGCAAAUGGAAAAAAGGCUUGAUCAUUUAUCACUGUCGCAGGAAACUAAUUAGCACUGGAAACUGACACCGGACAGAGGUUAGACUGUUACUGGUUUCUUUUAACUGUUCUGCAUAAACAGAAUGAGAAGUACAUUUCCAAGGUGUCUUUGUUUUUUUUGCAUAUUAUCAGAAUAAGUGUAUAAAGUAAUCAACAUUUUUAAAUUUUUGAAUGAGUUGUGAUCCAUCAUACAGGACCGUUUCUUAAAUGUGUGACUGCCAACAAAUGAAGUUACUAUUUAAUUUGAUUUGGUUCAGUUCACUUGGACAGUACCACAAAUAAUGUAUGUUUGAAUGAAGGACCAUUUCAGGACCAUUUCAGGACCAUUUCAUAUCCUAUAAUAUAUGAUCCCAUUUGCUCCAGAUUUAAUUCAAAUCAAUCAAAUUUAUUUCCCAACAAUCGAAUCACGCAGUCAGAUUCAGAGCCAUUUACAUGCAAUGCAUUUCAACCCAAAUUGUAAUGCAGCACAGUGAGUUAGUCAUUUAAUGUCAAAUGGUAAGAAAUUGGUGACUUGCUGCAAUUCCUCAUCCUCAGAAGAGUCAAGUUUCUACAUUUGCAUUAUAGCCAGCUGGUUUUUUGCUAAGUUGAUAAGUUAAAUAGGAGAAACUCUUUUUUUUUCAUAUACAAUGUGAAUUUUUCCCUUGGUGAUCAAAUUGUGACAGCAAAGUUGGCCCACAGGGCAGAUCAUCAAAUGCAUCAGCUGUACACAUAUAAAGGAAACCCUUAUAGUUAUAAAGGUAUAUUGACAGUCUUGUUUGAUUACUUUACCCAGUGUCUUAUUAACUUAUUAAAUACUGUGGAGAGAC